AUGGAUGCAGGCGUUUCUCUCGUAGAACUUGUGGAUGCCGCCAGUGGUACGAUCAGGGCACAAGAAAAGAUGCAGCCAACGACAAUUGUGAGCGGCGACAGUAUCUACGUGGCCCUUGGGGACUACGGGAAGAAGACGUCUGGGGGUCGGGCUGCCGAUGCAGAUGGCUGGAGGCUUUUACUGACGAGGGGAACUCUCACUGAGGAUGGUGGGCAGAAGAAAAUCAUGCGGGGUGAUAUCCGUGCAGUGGACCCUGUGGCCAUCGGGCUUACUCAAUUCCUGAAGAGGGUGAUUGGUGGCGGAGGAUCGGGUGUUGUGACGAAUAACGGUUACCUUGUGCUUCCCAUGCAGGCAGUAGAAAAGGAUGGAAGGAGUGUUGUACUGUCCAUGCGUUUCAACAUGCGUAUAGAGGCAUGCGAGCUCUCGUCCGGUACGACAGGUAUUAACUGCAAGGAGCCAUCCAUCGCGAAUUUGGAAGGAAAUCUGAUUUUGAUUACUCCUUGCGCUGCCGGCUACUACGAAGUAUUCAGGUCCAUUGACUCUGGGAUACGUUGGGAAAUGAGUGGUAGGCCAAUUACUCGCGUGUGGGGCAACUCGUAUGGUCGAAAAGGGUAUGGCGUUCGCUGUGGCCUCACCACCGUAACCAUUGAGGGAAGGGAAGUGCUGCUUGUUACCACGCCGGUGUAUUUGGAGGAGAAAAAAGGUAGGGGUCGGCUUCAUCUUUGGCUGACGGACGGUGCACGUGUGCAUGAUGCUGGGCCGAUAUCCGAUGCAGCUGUUGACGCUGCUGCCAGUUCCCUGUUGUAUAGCAGUGGGGGCGAUCUGAUUUCGCUCCACGAGAAUAAGAGUGAGGGGUCAUACGGUCUUGUUGCUGUGCACGUGACUACGCAGCUGGAGCGGAUAAAGACUGUGGUGAAGAGGUGGCAGGAGUUGGAUGAAGCCCUAAGAACGUGCAGACCCACUGCCACUAUCGACCCGGUGAGAAGGGGCAUGUGUAUUCGUCCCAUUCUUACUGACGGGCUUGUUGGCUAUUUGUCUGGUCUGUCGACUGGGAGUGAGUGGAUGGACGAGUACCUCUGCGUGAACGCGACUGUUCAUGGGACGGUGAGAGGGUUCUCCAAUGGAGUGACGUUUGAGGGACCCGGAGCAGGGGCGGGGUGGCCUGUUGCCCGAAGUGGACAGAAUCAACCGUACCAUUUCGUACACAAAACGUUCACUCUAGUGGUGAUGGCGAUCGUCCACGAUGAGCCGAAGAAACGCACCCCCAUUCCUUUGAUUCGUGUGGUGAUGGAUGACAAUGGCAAGACUGUGCUAUUUGGUGUGUUUUACACCCACGAUGGGAGGUGGAUGACUGUAAUUCAUAGUGGCGGUAGACAAAUACUUUCAACCGGGUGGGACCCAGAAAAACCGUCUCAGGUGGUGCUGCGACACGACACGGGCCAUUGGGAUUUAUACAUUAACGCGAGGGUGGCUUACUUUGGCACCUACAAGGGGUCUCUUCUCCAAACAAACAGUAUUUCACACAUCCAAUUCCACGGGGAGAGUGGGGAAGUUGCAGAGUCCAGCCAUUUGUCACUCUUCAACGCCCGUUUGUAUAACCGAAGACUCAAUUCCAAGCAUCUAAGAUGGCUCAUGGUCGGCGAGGCAGGCCCAAAAUACGAUGAUGGCAGCACUUAUUCUGCGAGUGCGUCGGAGGAAGGAAGCAGAGGUGGCAGCUCCAAUUCUGAGAGUUCAUCGCGGGAGGAAAGUGAAGAGGUGAGCUUUGUGCAUGAGACUGUGUCAUGGGUGCUGUUACUUCUGCUGGGGCUUUGGGGCUCUUUACUGAUAUUAAAACGGCGUUGUUGCUGUCUCCAGCGGUACAGCGUAUAUUUACAUGCUGAUGGUUUUUUUACAUAUUUUAUUGCUGUUGUUGGCGGAUUUAUAAAAUUUUUUAAUUUUAUUUUUUGUUGUUUUAUUUUUGUAUGUAUGACUUUAUAUGAAUUUAUUUAUUUAUUUAUUUAUUUAUUUUGUAAAAUAAUAAUCAUAAAAGUAAUAAUGAUACUAUUACUAUUAUUAUUAUCCAAUUU